AUGGCAAUUGAUUAUGACAAUGCUGGCACAAGUGUCAAAAGCCCAUCCUACCUUGCUCAUGUAGUCCUACGGACCAGUAAUCUAAAGCCCAUGGCUCAAUUCUACAAGACAUUCCUUGGAGCGCAUGCGUCGUUCGAGAACGAUUUCUUGUCUUUCUUGACUUAUGAUGAGGAGCAUCACCGAAUCGCUAUUCUUCAGGCACCUGGGACAGCCCCUAAACAACAGGAGUCCUGUGGACUUGAGCAUAUUGCUUUCACAUUCAACAAUCUCGAAGACUUAGCUUUAUCAUACCGACAGCGGAAGGCGAAUGGGAUUUUGCCCGUUUGGUGUAUCAAUCACGGUCCUACUACUUCGAUCUACUACCAAGAUCCCGAUGGUAACCAGUUGGAGACGCAAAUCGAUAAUUUCAGCUCAAAUGAGGAGGUUGAGAAGUUUCUCACAUCGAAGGAAUUUGCACAAAAUCCGAUUGGAACGGAUUUUGAUGCAGAAGAUCUUGUGAAGAGGAUUCAGGCAGGUGAGGAUCACUCUUCGAUAAAGAGACGAAUUGAAAUUGGACCAAGGUUUACGAAGUGA